GUCUCCUUGACAACGAAAUUCGUACCUGCUAGUUUUAUGAAAUAUCCAAUUGAUUUUACGAUAAUGUUAAAUUAUGGAUGAUCCCGACGAAAAUCCAUCGGAAACUACGGAAAUAAAGAAUGUUCUUCCGGAUGUCGUACAUUCUCAACAGAUAGCCGUAGGGACAACCGAUGGAGAAAACGAUAAAAAACAGGGAACCCAAUUACAAAGUGACAAUGAAGACAGUCAAACUGAAUCAAUAUCAGAGCAUAUUCCCUCCAGAUUAGAAAGUCUUUCGGAAUCUGAAAAUUCUAAAGCCCAGGAAAUUGUAAUUGUAAAACCAGAACUGGUGCCUCUUAAUGCACCAUCACCCAUAAAACCACCUGAUUCUUCUGACAGUGAAAAUCAAACAAAAGAUCCAAACAAAUUAAGUACCUCUUGGCCUAUAGACGUGAAUGUUGACAUGCAUUUGAUCAGUGACGAGAGCCCUGUUAAUUUGGCACUAUCUUCUGAUAAAGAAAGGACUCAAAAUGUUUCUAUUGACAGCCCAAAGUUGCAAAGUGAACCUUACAUGGAUCAAUCUCUUCAAAGUGAAAAUUACAAUGAUUCACUGAACAAUCAAUCUAAUGAAACGUUAGGAACACGAGAGAGUGAUAAUUCAAUUUCUGAAAACAUAGAUAAUAGUGAAAAGUUCAGUUCUGGUUCUGAGGAAAUUAUUAAACUAGACAUCCGUGGACAAGGAGUGCCAAAGUUACAAUUUCCAGUCCAAAAAAUUAUAUUUGGUCCGCCGCCUGAAGGCAGUACACUUAUGGAUGCAAAAGUAGAGUCAAUCACAACAUAUCCUAAUUUGAUGUCACCUUUUUUACUUUGUGCUAGAGAUAGCAUUAAAGUGGAUGAUAUUUUUAUUGAUGAACCUGUUAAAGAUAGUGCUCCUGAAAAAUCUUUAAAUCUUGAAAAAAGUAGUUCCAGUGAUAAUAUUGAACAAAAAGACUUUCUAGUAGAAGAGUUCCUUUUUGAUGAGGUAGUUAAAGAGAAAGAUAAUGAUGGGAAAGAGGAAUCAAUGCCCCAGAAAUCAAUGCCUGUAGAUGAUGGAACUUCGAUAAGUACAAUGACAACAGAGUACAAAACUAUUUGUGAAGAAUACAACGCGAAGCUUGUGCACUUGGAAGAUACUAUUAUACAUCGAGACCAACUAAUAGAGGAACUCACCAUCUCAUUGCAGCGUUGUGUCAGCGAAUGUGAUAGUCUUAGACAUGAAAACGAUCAUCUCAUCAAUGAAGUUCAAAAUUUGCAGCAUUUCAUAAAUGAGAAAUCUGAUCGAGAUACUAUCAAAGGGCAGCUAUCAGAUUUUGUGAAAUACCAAAGUAUGGUUAAAGAUGACAGUACUAAGUUUUUCUCUGCCGUCAGCAGUAGUUCAUCCAUGCAAAGUUCUAAUGGUGAAAAAGAUAUGGAUAGGGAAGAGAUUGUAGUGAACUAUUCAAAAUCAGAUUUGAGGUCUUCAGAAGAAUCAGAUGACUUCUUAACUGGUUUUGAAGAUAAAAUUACCGAAAUUGUUAACAAAUUUGAUGAAUGCAUUGAAGAAAACUCAAAGAAUCAGUUGCGAGAGAGUUUGGUUCGUUUGUUAGCAGAUGAGGUUGGAAAAUUGAGAAUAGAAUCCGAUACUGAAAUGAAGGAAUUGGAAGCCCAAAUGCAGCAAGACAAACAAAGCUAUUCAAUAGAAACAAGACGUUUACGAGAACUUCUGGCUUCAGUAAAAUCUGGAGAUGCUGACAUAGACAUUUUAAGAGAGGAAUUGGCGGCCAAACACGAAAAGGAGAUGGAAAACCUGAGGAUGUAUUUCGAAAAAAAAUGCUCAGACAUGGAAAGAAGGCCUAAAAAAGGUUACUCAGAGGAAGUGUGGCGCGGCAAGUGCGUGUCGGCCCUGGGCUCGCUGGGCUCGCUGGACGCGCCUGACGCGGGGGACGCGAGCCGUCCCGACGCGCUGCGCUCCGACGCGCCCCGUCCUGACGCGCGCAGGCGGACUCGUAGCGCUGACGCACCCUCGCUGUCACUAGAUUCGAGUCCGACAGAGCAAGCGGUGAGGCAAGUCAGCAAGAAGUACGAGCAGCAGCUGGACGAGCUGAGGGCGGAGCACGCGGCCUGCCUCCACCAGCUGCGGGACCAGCACAGGGACGCGCUGGCCUCCAGGGAGGCUGAGAUAUCCCAACUGAAGGCGCACCUGCACAGCGCAGAGAACACCGAGACCUUGUACCAACAGGACAUAGAUUUGGAACUGGAAAAGAAGAUGGAGUCGCAACUGGAGCAGAGGAUCCGGGAGGUGAGGGAGGAGGCCAGGAGAGAGGUCAUCGAUCAGCUGCAGGACCAGCUACAGGUACUCCUGUCUGAUCCUGACGCGGAGGUGUCGAGCUGGCCCUUGGAGCUGGUCGCACUCCGAGACAGGAUACAAGGGGACAAGCAGGAGAAAGAGGUAUCGAGUCUCCGGGACGAGCUUUCUGCAGGCGACAGUGACAAAUGGAAGCAGCGCAGGAACUUCUGUUUCGACCAGAACAGACACCUCGAAGAAGUCACUAAGGAAAGGGACGAGUUGCGCCGCGUGGCGGUGAGCCUGCACCGCGCGGUGGGCGAGCUGGUCGCGUACUGCGGCCGCGCCGAGCACGAGCUCAACUCCACGGUGCUGGCAGAGCUACUGGCCAGGCUCGCCACGCAAUCGAGCUCGGAAGACCCAGACCGCCCCUCCAGUCCGAACCUGUCGGCGGAGCUGAACGCGAGCAUCGUCUCUAGGAGCGGGAAGCACGUGCACUUCGCUCCAGACCUGAACUCUAUACUCAGCGAUUUGGACGAGGACUGCAUAGUGGGGUUCCUGGAACAGCAGCGGGAUCUGAGCGCCGACAUCAAGCGGGAGCUGGAGAACUCGCUGCGGCGACUCCGCAAUGAGGCGCACUCGCUGCUCGACCUGUCCGCCAGGCUCGCCCGCAAGAGCGACUGCAAGAUGCUGGAGUCUGGUGAGGCGCAGGUAGCCGCGCUAGUUCAAGACUUGGACUCCAAACAAGAGUCUUGCGAUAACUGCGAGCUCCACAGAAAAAACAUGGAGGAGGCGAUGUCCGAGUGCCUUCAGCGGGAGAAUCUUCUACGUUCAGACCUGGAGGCCGCCAUGGUGAAGAUCGCGCAGCUCAUGGCUUCCAGCGACGUCGUCGUGGAAGGGUACGGCACGUGCGUGCCCCCCGCGUGCGCCCCCCGCGGCCCGCGCCCCCCCGCCGCCUCGCCCCCGCCCUCCCCGCGCGCCGACCUCGAGCUGCUGCAGCGGGAGAGGGACGACCUCGCGCAACAGCUGGAGGCGGCCAACCGUCAGCUGCGCGCGACGCGGCAGUUCGUGGAGGAGCAGGCGAGCGAGCGCGAGGGGGAGCGGGACGAGUUCGCGCGGCGGGAGGGCGAGCUGCGCGACGAGAACGCGCGGCUGGGCGCCCGCCUGCGGAACAACGCCAGGAUACUCAGCGAGGUGGAGCAUCUAGAAACUCAGACCAGGGAAAUGAACCAAAUUAUAACUGAACUUGAGGCGCGGAAGUCUCAGGCCGACGAUGAAAUCAAAGCGAGCGAAGAAAAGAUAACUCUGCUACGAGACAUCAUCUCCACUUUAGAAACACAAUUAGAGCAGAAGACUGAACACGAGAAAGAGAUCUUGGAAGAGCUGGAAAGAAUGAGGAAGACUAUCGAUGAAAGGGACGGUAAAAUGAGAGAACUGUUGGGAGAAUUGGAGUCGAUUAAGAGUGAGAAGAACGAUGCUGAGGUUGCUUGCGUGAAAUGCGCACAGCAGGAGGAUAAAUAUGCUGAACUCAUGAGGACUGUCGAUGAACAGUGCGGGCACGCGGCGGCGGCGCUGGCGGCGCGCACGCGGCGGCUGCAGCGCGCGCACUGUGCGGCGCCCGCGGGCAGCAGCGAGCCCAGCGAGGACGUGUCGCUGCGGGAACACUUGCAGAUAAAGUCUCAGGAGUCGGAUCCGUCCCCGCGCUCCCCGCCGCCCCCCGCGGGCGAGGGCGCCGCGUUCCGCGCGCUGCGGGCGCAGCUGCGGGCGCUGGGGCUCGCGCAGGACGCGCUGCUCAAGCGGAGCCAGGACCUCGAGUUGCAGCGGGAGCGCCUCGCAGACGUCGCGCAGGAGGUUCGCGCGGAACGCGAUGUCCUCCAGGCGCGGAUGUCGGAGCAGGCGCUCAAGAUAUCGUCGCUGUCGGCGCGCCUCCAGCAGCAGCGGAACGACGCCGAGGCGCUCUCCCACCAGGCCACCAGCCAGCUCUCCGUGCAACUGCACGAUGCACUCGCCGAGGUACAAAGACUCAAAGAAGAAAUGGAGAGCAAGGACAAACAGUUGGUCAGGCUGAGGCAGAAUUUAGAAGAACGUGAUAGACUCAACGAGCAACACCAUUCACUCUACGGUAACUCGUGUAACCCUAAAGACAAAGUGAUAAUACUGGAGCGUGAGCUGUCGGAUGCGCAGAGCCGCAUCGCGCAGCUGGAGACCCUGGCGCGAGACCUCCAGCGGGACAACGAGCAGCUGCAGGCCGCCGCGCGGGACCAGCAGCAACACCUGCAGCAGCUGCUCGCUCUAAAAUUAGACGCAAACAACCAGGAGGACGAAAACGGUCCGGCCGACGUCAAGACAUCGGCUAGAACAUUGAGCGACAUCGUCUCCAUAUCCGACUUCGACGAGCAGGACCUGCAGAUGCGGAGAGCUGAAUCGAAGGGCCACAACCUUAGUCUGGGCGAGCCCCCCUACGCCCCCCACGCCCCCCCCGGUCCCCCCGCGCACGACCGCACGCUGCCCCCGGAGGGCGAGCGCCCCCACAUGAGCUCGUUGCAUCUGGAGUGCUCGGAGCAGCUGGACCUCCCUGCCCACACCCCCCGCGCGGACUCCCUGCCCGCGCACCUCACGUCCACGCAGAACAAAGAUAUGUUGAAGCAAUAUAAAAGGAACGCUAAUGAAAUCACAUUGUUCGGCGACUUUAAACAUUCGACCCAGAAAAUACCCGAUAAUUGUUCAAUGUACCCCAACAGGGACGUCAGCGACAGCAAAAAUUUUAGCGUCGAACCAAAAAAAAUUAACUUCUCAAUUGAACCGACCGCGGACAACCGAGACGAGGAGGAGUUCACUUCGCUGCGGGAACUCGGGGUAUAUCUCGACACGAAGCAGCAGUGCUACCCCGACAUCCUCACACAGCUGAAGCACGAAAUCAAAAAAUCUAGAUCUGAAUUAGAAAAGUGUAGAUCUGAACUGAAAAAUGCUGAAGAACAACUGUGCGAGUUUCCCGCGCUCAAACAGGAGGUGGAGCAGCUCAAGGGGCUCCUGGACAACACCGUGGCCGCCAUGGACAACGACAAAAAGUUCUACGAAAAUCAACUCGAGAGCUUCUCGGCGAACAAACAGCUUCUCGAGCAGAGACUCACGGAGCUGAGUCAAGACGUACACGACAAGUCCAAGGAUCUGCACUUGCUCAAGGAAGACAUACUCAGGAGAGAAAACAUGAUAUUGGAACUGGCGAAAGAAAAGCGAAAUCUGAUGAACAAAAUGGCCGAACUUGAACUUAAAAUAGACGAGCUCCAGGCCAAAAAUACUUUACUAGAGAAAUGCGAAGCGGAGAACUUGGAGAUGAGAGAGAAGAUGACGGAACUGACGAGGCUGGAGCAGCUCGUCAACGAUAAAAACCAGCAGAUCGACAGCCUCAACCAGCACCUGGACAGGCUGGACGACCUGCAGCGCCGCCUGCGCGACAAGUCCCAGCAGCACGACAGCCUCCAGCGCGCGCUGGCCGACAAGAGCGACGAGCUGGCCCGCCUCGCCGCCGCGCUGCACGCCCUGCGCCGCGACGCCGCCGACGCAGACCAGCUCCGGCUGCAGCUCUCUAAACUAGAAAAGGACCAGGAGAAUGCCUUAUUGAAACUACAGAACACUCAAACUGAGCUCGAGCGAGUCAACUCUCUCAACCAAGAGAUGUCGCUGAAGAUUCAAGACAUGAAGUCACUCACGGACCAAUUAAAAGAUAAAGAAACUGAAAUAGAAAUUCUUAACGAGGACAUUUCUGCGUUUCACGAUGAAAUAGCGUCGUUGAAAGACCAAUUGAAGAUGGCCUCCCGCAGCCCCUCGCCGCGGAAGGCCCCCGACGACCGGAGGGACGACCGGCCGGCUCGCUCCGACAAGAGGCAGCUCACCAAGAUCAGGAAGCAGAUAUCGUUGUUGCAACACGAGCUGGACUUUAACAAGAAGGAAUUGAACGAUAAGGCGUUCGAGCUAGCGAAAGCGAAAUUGGAUAUAACGGAACUCAAAAACAACUUGAGUCAAGCGGACAAACAGGUGUCGGACGCCGCCGCCGACCGCGAGCUCAGCGCGCAACGACACCACCAACUGCGCCACGACCUGCUGCACGCGCUGCAGGAGAAGCAGCAGCUGGCCGAGCAAUUAGAGCUCGUACUGUCUAGGUUACGCGAGGAGUCAGAUGUUGAAGAAUUAAAGGCUAAAUUGAGGCAGCAAGUGGAGAGGUGUCACGAGCUGGAGGCCGAGCUGCAGGACAUCAGGGAGCUCGCCGACAGGUCUACCGGUCCCGACGGGGGGUCAGGAGGGGGGUCGGGGGACAGAGCGCGGUCCCCCACGGCGGAGCUGGAGCGAGCGGUGCGGCUGCAGCUGUCCUACUCGCACGCACUCGACCACACCAUCAUGGAUCAGAUCCUGUCUGCCAGCAGCGACGAGCACGAGCCCGUGCCGCGCCUGGCGCUCGCCGCCUCCGAGUCGAGCUCGGCCCGCUCGUCGCGCUCGGAGCGGGAGCGGGAGCGGGAGCGGGUGGCGGUGCUGGAGGAGCGGCUGCGGGACAAGGACGCGCUCAUCGCUGAACUCAACAGGGUGCGGGAGCAGCUGGAGCGCGACUGGCAGACGGCCCGGCUGCGCUACGAGGCCGAGCGGGAGAACUCGGGCCGGCUGCAGCUGCUGCUCGACACGCAGAAGGAGACCGCUCUGACGCUGCAGAAGCAAGACUCCAACAUGAUCGAGAUCCUCAAGAAGCGCUUGGAGAGCGCCAUGCACGCGGAGCCGCCGCCGCGCUCACCGCCGCAGAGCGAGGGCGAGGAGCGCUGGAAGGGCGAGGUCCUGCUACUGAAGUCGAAGCUGCAGCUGGAGCGCGACAAGCUGUCCGACCAGCUAGCCAUGUGGGAGCGGGACAAGCUGCACAAGCAGCGGGAGCUGGACGCCAAGAACGAGGUCUGCAACACGCUCAGGAACGAACUCGCACACAUCAAGCGGCGCUCGCACGACUCCAGCCUCGAGCUGCUCCGCGCCAGGGAGCUGGCGGCCGCGCAGGCCAGGACCAUCGACACGCUGGAGCGGAGACUGGACGCCUGCGAGCGGCUCCGGCCCGUGGACGACGCGCUGUCGGAAAUCGAGAUCCACAAGAUAGAGCUGACCCGCGAGAUGUCCUCACUGAAGAAGUGUUUGUCGGACAGCAUCCGCCCCGCCGACACCCCCGCGCCGCACCAGCUCAUCCGCUGUCUCCACAGUCGUUGUAUCCGCCUGGAGAGCAUCCGCAAAGCUCUGAUCUGGCAGAAGCGGUACCUUCAGCGGACACUGCACGGCUACGUCCAGCUCGAGAGGACGCUGCGGCUGCCCUCGUCCGGCGCCGCCCGGGUCAGCACCGGCAAGGAACGGUUCAAGUGCGCCGUGUGGGCGGUGGUGGGCGCCGUGCGGCUGCAGUACCUGGUGCGUCGCCGAAACGCGCGCGCCUCCGCCGCCGCCGCGCUGCUGCUCGACACUCCCGUGCAGCAGCGGCGCCCCCCCUCCGCGACCCCCGCAGCCCCUGCACGUGAGUAUUCAGUCACGUUCACGCUCCAGUUAGAUUAGAAUGUCAUCAUCC